GUCCGGCUCGGGCCUGGCCCGCCUUGACUCUAGUCCACCGCCAUUGAAUCGCAUCGGCUGCUGCUGCCCCGCCUUCCAUUCGCCCCUCAUUCCGACUCUCCUCGCGCCGGCGCUGUCGUUUCUGGCCAUAUCUCGUCGCUGCCGUUCGCGUUCGGCACAAACCCGGCAUCCUCUCGCCCAGCCCACACAAGCGCACAACCAAAACGCAUUCCCUCUGACUUUCCGCACACAAUCUGGAGCAUGCCGCCCAUCACAUCGGAUUUCACGCAUCUGGAGCUCGAAACCAUCAUCGGUUUUGGAGGUGCCGUUCCCCAGGGGCUCUUGAAGCACUCCGACGGGCACAUGGUCUACAGCCUUGGCAGCACCGUCGUGAUCGAAAGCAGCGGCGAAGGCAAGAAAAGCCAAGAUUUUCUCCAAGGCCACACGAACACCGUGAGCUGCCUGGCCGUGAGCAAGAGUGGCAAAUUUAUCGCAAGCGGCCAGGUCACACACAUGGGAUUCCAGGCAGACAUUAUCAUCUGGGACUUUGAGAACCGCAAGUUGCUGCAUCGCCUGACGCUCCACAAGGUGAAGGUUCAAGCGUUGGCAUUUAGCCCCAACGACAAGUACUUGGCCUCACUGGGCGGUGAAGACGACAACUCGGUGAUUGUCUGGGACUUGGCCAAGGGCGCAGCCAUUUGUGGCUCGCCGGCGGGCAAAGAUUCCGCCGGCGUCACGCUUUCGCUCGCCUAUCUCAACAACGACGAUAACAUCUUUGUCACCGGCGGACACAGCACCCUGAGAGUCUGGGAGCUGAAUUUGACCCAGCGCAAGGUGCGGGCAACAGACUGCCAGACGGGCCAGAUCAAGCGAAUUGUCAAGUGCAUCACGGUCGACAGCGACGACGAGUUCAUGUACUGCGGCACCACUACAGGCGACCUGCUCCAGGUGAACCUGCGAACAAAGCUAUUCAAGGUCUCGGGCCCACCCAAGGAGAAGGAUCUGUUCAGCAUGGGCGUUCUUUCCGCUGCUCUAUACAAAGAUGACAACAUGAUCGUCGUCGGAUGUGGCGACGGCACCAUCGCGGCUCUCAAACUCCCAAAACUGAACAUUCUAAGGACUGUCAAAGUCAGCGGAAGUGUGACAUCGAUUGCAGUCUACGACGAUAACUCGUUUGUGGCUGGAACAGCAUACAGCAACAUCUAUCAUGUGACCAAGAAGGACUUCAAAGCCACGCUCAAGUCCACCUGUCAUUACUCGGCCAUCAAUGACAUUUGCUUCCCCCCCAACUCCUCGGAAGUCUUUGCGACAGCCUCGGACACCGACAUACGAAUCUGGAACGCAAUGACGGCCACCGAGCUCCUGAGAAUUGCAGUGCCCAACCUCGAGUGCAAUUGCAUCACUUUCAAGAAAGAUGGGUCAUCGCUCAUCAGCGGCUGGAACGAUGGCAAGAUCAGGGCUUUCGGGCCACAGUCCGGUCGACUCCAGUACGAGAUUCAUGAUGCCCACAAGCGGGGCGUCACCGCCUUGGCUGUUACCGACCCCUUCAAUCAGCGCGGGGACUUUCGCAUUGUUUCGGGCGGAGGAGAUGGACAAGUCCGGGUGUGGAAAGUAACCAAGCAAAUACAGAUCCUUGAGGAUGCCAUGAAAGAGCACAAGGGAACGGUAACCUGCAUCAAGAUCCGCAAAAACAACCUCGAGUGUGUCUCGUCGUCGUCAGACGGCUCGUGUAUCGUCUGGGAUCUGACCCGAUAUGUCCGCAACCAAGUACUGUUUGCCCCGAGCUUCUUCAAAGCUGUGGCGUACUUUCCGGACGAAAGUCAGCUCCUUACGAGCGGCACGGACCGCAAGGUGGCUUACUGGGAGGCCUUUGAUGGUUCGCUCAUCCGAGAGCUCGAGGCCUCGCAGUCCGAUACUAUCAACGGUCUCGACAUCACCGCCGACGGCCGCUUCUUUGUGAUCGGCGGCAGUGACAAACUUGUCAAGAUGUACCGAUACGAGGAAGGCGAUGUCGUUUUUGUCGGCGUGGGACACUCGACCGACAUCACUAAGGUCAAAAUCUCCCCUGACCAUCGGUGCGUUGUCUCGGUUUCGGCAGAAGGCGCGGUGUUCUCGUGGAAGUUCCCCGACAUUUAGUCGGACAAUCCUUCAUCCAGCCGCACAAAUGAACCGACUCAGGAGGCGACGACACCUAGCACCAGCAUUCACCUUGCAUCUGAACUGCGCCGUCACCAUCGACUGAGGACCAUCGCCCACUUGCAUAAGAUAGACAAGCCACUGCUCCUCAUCGCAUAUCUGUGCUUCAGCGAGUCGACUGCACUUGAAUGCUCCCAAAAUGAAAUGGUGCGCCAGAUCUUUUGCCCUGGGUAUCAUUUCUAUAGUUUAUUCAGAACGAAACGGGGCAGU